GAGAUUUCAAGGAGAUCAGUUACUGGAGAAUCUCCUCAGAUUCAUAAAAAGCUUUUAUUUGCAGAGAGAGAGAGAGAGAUGAUCAGAAGGCAGAAGAAGACGGCCAAGGUGGUUACAGGGGUAAUGGGACUCUGCAUCCUUGCUUACAUUGCAGUACCGUCUUUGCAUUGGCAUCUCAACGAGACCAUUGAAGACUCUCUACAUUCCUCUUGUCCUCCUUGUGUAUGUGACUGUUCUUCUCAGCCUCUCCUCUCCAUCCCUGACGGAUUGAGCAAUCAUAGCUUCUUGGAUUGUAUGAGACGUGAGGAAGGGAGUGAAGAGAGCGAGAGUAGUUUCACAGAGAUGGUAGCUGAAGAGCUGAAGCUAAGAGAAGCACAAGCUCAAGAAGACGAAUGGCGUGCAGAUAGGUUGCUGCUAGAUGCUAAGAAAGCAGCGUCUCAGUAUCAGAAAGAAGCUGAUAAGUGCAGUAUGGGGAUGGAGACUUGUGAGCUAGCAAGAGAGAAGUCAGAGGCCACUCUAGACGAACAGAGAAGACUGUCUUACAUGUGGGAGCUUCGAGCUCGGCAAAAUGGCUGGAAAGAAGUUAUUUCCUCUAAUGAUCUCUAA